AUGGGUGAUAUCGACUCGUUAUUGGCCGCUUUCGAUUCAUCGGAUGAGGAGGAACAAGGCGAAAUCGAGACUCAACACUCACAAGCGUCAACAACAACGAAAACGAGCACGCCAACGCUUGUGCCGCUAGAUUUUGAUGGAGCAGCUCAAUCAGGAAGCACAUCGCCGUUGAUUCAACGAAAACGUCUCGUCAGUGACUCCGAAGACGAAGAAAACGAGCUGUUAGAGAAUAAAAAGGAGCUUUCGGAAAGUGGGCGAAAUGUGAAGAAACUGCUUAAAAAGCAAGAAGAUCGGCAAAAAGACACACAAUUGCAAAAGUCUCUUCAUCAGUUGGCGGCAACAUAUGCGGCGCCGACAGUAAAGCGAGAAGCAAAACUCGGAAUUCCGCAAGCAGAAGAACCGAAAAAGCCGACGCCUACCGACUUUGAUCCUUUCUUCAGAUUCAAAAUCAGGAAUCCAAAAGUAUCAUCAGAAAUGUUUGAAUCAUUGUGCGAUGGUAUGACGAAACAAAGGCUUAGUGCACUUACUCAAUCAAAUGCUCCAUCUGAUGGUUUUAUAUCAAUGGGUGUUCUCGUCGACAAAAGCGAAAUCAAAAAGAGCGCCAAUGGGAAUCAGUUUAUCAUUUGGAAGCUUCACGAUCUGAGGGAUUGCCAGCAACAGCCAGUCAAGUGUCUGCUUUUUGGAGAAGCUUUUAAAAGUCAUCAGCAACUUUUGCCUGGGAAUUCCGUAGCAAUUGUGAAUCCACAACUUGGGGAUAACAAUGAUGGAAAAGAUAAGUCAGUUGUGUUAAAGUUUGUUCGACCAGCGCAAAUUGUAGAAGUUGGUUGGAGCGCUGACUUUGGCAAAUGCCGGGGAAUCAAAGCCGAUCAAGUUCCAUGUCAGAACUUUGUGAACGUGUCGCUGUCGGAUUUUUGUGUCUAUCAUGUAAUGUCACAAGUGAAGAAGCUUUCAGCUAAAAGAGGUACUUUCAAUGCCCUUUCAAGCGCUCCACCAAUACCGAAGAAGCCGCCCGUUUUUCUAACAAGUGGACCUGGAAUUGUGCGCAGCACUGCAGGAAUUGCUAUUACAACUCCUAAAAUAAAUUCAACUACUGCAAUUUCGGGAACACCAGUUACAAAGGAAGAUGAGCAGAAAAAUCUUCUAACAAUUGUCAGCACUAGAGCUCAUUUGUUUGGCGCAAAAAACUUGGUUCGACUACAGCAAGCAAAGACCCCAGGAGAAAAAGCUCAACUUUCGGCAGUACCCGGCUCCAUUACAGCAUUUUUAAAAGAAAAUAAAGACGCAUUGGAAGAGAAACGUCGAGAUGAUCUGCGAAAAGCGCGAAUGUACGCACUACGAUGUGAGGAAAGUCCACGAUUGUCUUUUAACGCGGAUGAGAAGGAAAAUGUCGUUGGACCGCACUUAGGCAAAAAUAAAAACGAAAUGGCUAAGCAACGAGCAGCGGAAAUUCUUCGAUUGGAGCGAGAACAAAUUCAACGAGAUGGAGGACAAAAGAAAGGAAUAAAACGGGCGGCCGAGCCACCCAGCUCAAGUGCUAAAAGGGUGCCUCUCGAUAAAGACGAAGUCCCCGAAUGUUCGACGAAGAGUCUCCUCGAACGAAAAAGCAAAUUUACUAGUGCCGCAAAUAAAGCCGAAUCGGAGGCGGUUGGACGCUAUCUAACAACAUUGGAAGCUCAAGAGAAGAUUGAAACAUUUGCAACGACGACGAUGAGUAUCAAAGAAGUGGCAGUAGUCUCUUGUAAAAAGUGCGGUUACACAGCUCAAUCACAAAGUGAUCUCUGUCGACAAGCCGAGCAUGUUGUGACAAAACACAAAGCCGAGAAACGCUUUUUCAAAUGCAAAAACUGUAAGCGACGCGUGAUAGCGUUUGGACGACUACCAACGCGUCCAUGCGAGACUUGCGGUACAAGUGAAUGGGUGCCAGUGGCUAUGAAAGAUGAGAGAAAAACGGCAUUGGAUCGAGAAAAAUUACAGAUUCGUGGAGAAGAACGCACGUUUGUAAAUAUU